AAGAAACAUAUCUUAGAGCCACAAGUUAUUCAGUCACAGAGACUGAGGACUAGACCAAGACUAGAGAACAACUGACACAGAGCUAAACAACAGAGAAAUUUCGAUGGACUGCAGCUUUGUAGGAGAUUGGGCAGUGAGGAAGAGGUAAUUUCCCUCCCUGAUACACUUCUCUUUGUCCCAUUUCCAUUGGCUCCCACCUUGAUGUAAUCAUUGGGAUGCCAGAGGUCAAGACAAUGCCGCACAGAUGGGUGCUAGGACCAUGGGGCGCAGGAAGAGAACUAUCUUCACCAAAGAACACCUGAAGCUUCUGCGGGUGGAUUUUGAUGUUGAUCCCUACCCAAGCAUUGCCGUGAGGGAGUGCCUAUCCCAAGCCACUGGCCUAACAGAAUCCCGCAUUCAGGUGUGGUUUCAGAACAGGAGAGCCAGAACAAUGAAGCACAGGGACCACAAAGUCUCCCCUCAGCCAGAGUCAGCUCACCCUAUCCCCAGUCCUUUUCUACCUACACAGUCUUUCUCAAAACUCCUCCAUGGGAUCAAAGAUGUGACCCACCAGGUCGACAUAGAGGAAGUCUCUUAUUACCAGCCGCUGAGCCACAGCCAGAUGCACGAGGAGGACUGCUUCUACGGUCCCUCAUCUUGUCCCCCCACCUUCCCGCUCUCUCCAGGGGAUGCUGGAUACAGCAGUCCCUCAUUCAGUGUGGGAGUGAGACAUGACAGGUUCCUGGACACUAUCUCUCCAGGUGCUUUGCCAGAAGCUCAAUGGUGCAACGUUGCCCAAGAGUUCCCGUUCUGCUCCCAGGGGGAGGGCCAGGACUUCCACUACUCACCUCCGUCUGGACUUCUUCAUCCCCAGUACGCCCACGGCGGACUCCAGUCCGUUCGUGCCAGCAGCACCUUCGACCCGUUCUCCAGUUGCCCUGCCACACCGGACUCAGCCUGCUGGGACAUAGGACUUGAGAACCCCUAUCCCAUAGACCAGGGUUUCCUGUACAGGGAAGUCUCCGAUGAGUACUCAAGUCCUUCUGGGUACUUUGAUGCUAUGCAAGAAGCCCCACUACAUGAACUGUCUUUCCCAGUGGCAGGACCAGUAAACACCCCUACCAUAUUCUAGAUCUUCAAUGGCAAGGGUUGCCAACACUCCAGGUUUGAAUAGGUCUAGCUCUUGUGAGAAGUAGUGCUGUUCCGGGAUGGUCUCAAUGAAACAAAUAAUGAACAUUUUAAUUAUGUCGAUGGAUUUAUAAUCAAUCCCAGAAUGAGUUCGGCAACAUUAAGGCAUACCUGAAUGUAUUAGCCAUGUACAAUAGGACUGUUGCAUGAAUGAACAUAGCUGCUGCGUUAUGUAGGGAGGUACGUUACUACUAUAAUAUAGGGUUAAUUUAUUUAUUUUUAAAACAUGUAUUUUACCAGGUGAGUCAGUUAAGAAAAACACAUAUUUACUGGCUAUAAAGGGUGUAUAAUAUGAGUAGAAUAAUACAUUAUGUAAAAUAAAUUGUCAAUGUAUCACUAUUUAUUCCAAAUAAACACCUACUUUGUGAA